CUUACCCGCAGGGAUUCCCUCACCAGCCAAUCGCGUCUGAGCCACGGGACCGCCCGGAACAAAGAUGGCCGGGACGGCCUCGGGGAGGACACAUUGAUCCAAACGCCAGGCGCACCCGCCGGGACAGCAAAGGCAGAGUGGCAACCGCGCGGUCAGGAGCAUGGAAGAGGGCAGCAGCGGCGGCAGUGGUGGCAGCGACAGCAACGCCGGCGGGAGCGGCGGGGUGCAGCAGAGAGAGCUGGAACGCAUGGCUGAAGUCCUAGUUACGGGAGAGCAGCUCCGGCUGCGGCUCCAUGAAGAAAAGGUUAUUAAAGAUAGACGGCACCAUCUCAAAACCUACCCAAACUGCUUUGUUGCAAAAGAGCUGAUUGACUGGCUCAUUGAACACAAGGAGGCCUCUGACCGAGAGACGGCGAUAAAACUCAUGCAGAAAUUAGCCGACCGGGGCAUCAUUCAUCACGUGUGUGAUGAGCACAAGGAAUUCAAGGAUGUAAAACUCUUCUACCGCUUUAGGAAGGAUGAUGGGACCUUUCCACUGGACAAUGAGGUGAAGGCCUUCAUGAGAGGACAGAGGCUCUAUGAAAAACUGAUGAGCCCUGAAACUACACUCCUCCAGCCUAGAGAGGAGGAGGGGGUGAAGUAUGAGCGGACCUUCAUGGCAUCCGAAUUCCUGGACUGGUUGGUUCAGGAAGGUGAAGCCACAACAAGGAAAGAGGCAGAGCAGCUUUGCCACCGGCUUAUGGACCACGGGAUCAUCCAGCAUGUGUCUAACAAGCACCCGUUUGUGGACAGCAACCUCCUCUACCAGUUCAGAAUGAACUUCCGUCGGAGGCGAAGGCUGAUGGAGCUGCUCAAUGAGAAGUCCCCGUCCUCUCAGGAGACACAUGACAGUCCCUUCUGUCUGAGGAAGCAGAGCCACGACAGUCGGAAAUCUACCAGCUUUAUGUCAGUCAGCCCCAGCAAGGAGAUCAAGAUCGUGUCUGCCGUGCGGAGGAGCAGCAUGAGCAGCUGUGGCAGCAGUGGCUACUUCAGCAGCAGCCCCACACUCAGCAGCAGCCCCCCUGUGCUCUGCAACCCCAAAUCUGUGCUGAAGAGACCUGUCACUUCUGAGGAACUCUUGACUCCGGGGGCUCCGUACGCAAGGAAGACGUUCACGAUUGUUGGUGAUGCAGUUGGCUGGGGCUUUGUGGUACGAGGAAGUAAACCAUGCCACAUCCAGGCUGUGGACCCCAGUGGACCUGCAGCCGCUGCGGGGAUGAAGGUCUGUCAGUUUGUCGUCUCUGUCAAUGGCCUCAACGUGCUGAAUGUAGACUACCGCACCGUGAGCAAUCUGAUUCUGACAGGCCCAAGGACAAUUGUCAUGGAAGUCAUGGAGGAGUUGGACUGCUGAACACAGAGACAUCCCUGCUUGUCCCCUAUCCCAGAACAACACAACAGUGGCAUGGCAAGGCUGCCAGGCAAAUGGAUAAUUGGGACAUUGCAGAUCUUUUCUCUGACCAUAUACACCUUGUCUUUCAUACGCUGUUUGAAUGUGGAAGAACCAGGUUACAUAUCUUUAAAAACCAAAACACAGCAGGGGCUUGCUUGGUGGCUCAAGUCUAUAAUCCCAGCAUUCAGGAGGGCAAGGCAGAAGUGCUGCAAAUUCAAGGCAAGCAUCUACUAACAGUGUGAGUGCCUGUCUCAGAACCAUACUCGGGAUCCUUCCACACAAGUGCACAUACCACACACAUACACAAACACACACAUGCACACCACACACACGCACCAAAGCCCAGUUUAUAGUUCUCAAUCAUUGUUCUUCAUGUUUUCGGGAAGUUGUUGUGAAACCAAAUUAGCAACAUGGAAAAAUGCUAUUUUUAGAAGGUCAUAGAAUAGUUACUACAUAUUUUACGUCAUGCCUACUGUGCUUGUGUGAUAAGAAUAAGGAACCAGCACCUGCAAUCUGGGCUACUUAGGAUGCUGAGGCAGGAGGAUGAUCACUUGAGUUCUGGUAGUAAUGUGAGCCUGGGCAACAUAGUGAAACCCCACAUUAAUUUAAAAAAAAAAAAAAGGUUUUAUCAAUAUUAGUCUGAAUCUGUUUAGGUAGGUCUAGAUUUCAUCCAGCUUAAAAUGAAAGUAGCAUCCCCAGAAACGUGACCAGCUAACACAAAUUUCCAAGAAGGUCCUUAAAGCAUUCAACACCUUAGAAGCAGUCAUCACAAAGUAAACUUUCUUCCUCUGUUUUAGGGUUUUUUUGUUGUUGUUGUUGUUUGUUCGUUUUGAGAAGGUCUUGCUAGGUAGCCCCCAGCUAUUGACUUCUUAAUUUCUGCCUUUGUCACCAACUUUCACCUUAGCCUGUUUCAGUUGCAUCUUGAGGUGAAAGAUAAAACAGACCACUAUGCCAUGGGUGAUGGGAAUGGACAAGGGAUGCCACCGCCAACCCACCUGCCCCUCUUUGCUCUCCCUGGAUCUAUGUGGUUUUGCCUUAUGAGUCAACUCCAGCAGCUUUUUGGUGUUCAACUUGAAAUAUACUGAUCGUGAAAGCAAAGAGGUCUGUCCUUACCUGUGUAAGACUCAGAGUCAAACCUCUGGCAAGAUUGCACUUGGCAAGUGUCCACAUUUAAGGGACUUGGCUUUAGUGGGACAAAACUUGAAACUCCAAAUGCCUUUUUAGCCUGGAUUUUUACAAGCCUUCUCCUGUCAUGGGAUGUGAUGCCCAUUUAAGGAUCUGCUUGCCACUACAAGUUCCAUCUUGGUUUAGAUUUCUUCAUCUCACGAAUAUUUUCUUGAUCUAGAAAAGACUUCCUUUGAACCAGAUGUCGUAGCAUGUUCCUGUAAUCCCAGCACCCAGGAAAUGGAGGCAGAAAGAUCAGGUGUUCAAAGGGGACCCUGUGUGAAAACAAAACAAAACAAAACAAAACAAAACAAAAAUGGAGACAAGGAAGUGCAUUUGGGGUAUUGGUAUGUAGAGGAUAUUCCUCAGAGUGCCAAAUGAGAGCCAUUUUACAUAGUGAAUUUUGAACAGAGAUGCAACUUUCUAGUUAUGCAUUAACAAGACGGUAAUGCCAUACCGUUACGCCUAAGUGAUUUCUUAAUGAGAGGUGAUAAUCAUGUAUUGGUAUUAGUAGAGUGGAUUUUAUUAACACAUUAAUCCAACUUUUCUAGCUUUAGUAAGAAAAUAAGAUUUUGAAGUGCCAUGGGAUGGCUGAUAUUACUAUUGUCAGUCUUUGUUUAUAUUGCUGUAGCAUUUAUGGACAACGUUCUCCUUUGCUCCUCCUCACACCCUUUUAAGAUAGAUAUUAUUACCUUCAUUUUUCAGGUGGGGAGACUAGGUCUGAGCAAAUUCAGUGGUCUUCAAGUUGGAGCACAUGCUGUAACUACCGUGUACUACAGCCCAUUUCUCCAGUGCUCCAACCCCUUGUCUUUCUGCCCAGACUUCCUCUUUAGAGGCCUUGCGUUCAGCCUUCGCUCCGGUGUGCUAAAACCUUAUGGUUACUUUGCUGUUGUUCUUGUUUUAUUGAUCUUAUGGUUAUUUUGCUGCUGUUCUUAUUUUAUUGGUCUGAGAGGUGAGGGCCAUCAUCAUCAUCCAUCUUGUGAAUGACAAACCCUGUUCCUAAAUGGGUUGGUUCGUCAUAUGCUCAAAACAGCCCAGCUACUAAAUAGGAGGCCUUACCACCUGACUUGAAUUUCUGUCUGUUUUGUUGCUUGGUUUGUUUUAAGACAGUGUCAAGCUCCUGAUUCUGUACUUCCUAAGUAAGAUUACAGGCUCACAGCCCCACACUUGGGCUAACACAGGCUCACAGCCCCACAUUCGGAUGCGAUAACACCUUAGAAGAUGAAUCUCAGCUAGUUUCUGUCUUUGGUGUUCCUUGGCUGUCAAGAAAGCAGGAGUACCUGUGGGUUACUACAUCCUUCUUGCUGCUCGCCUCCAAAUGCCCUUUGCCUUGGACCCUAGAUCCUAUCAUUUCCCUUUAGCCAAACUCAGCACCUCAGAAGCCCCUCUCUGUCAGAGAGGGAGUGAAGAACAGUUUGGCUGUCCUCUUAGGGUUCUUCUUAUCCCCAGUUUAAAGACCAAGUGCCAGAGAAUAUUUUUUUUCUUCUGUUUUUCGAGACAGGGUUUCUCUGUAUAUCCCUGGCUGUCCUGGAACUCAC